AUGGAUUUGCCAACUGGAUCUACCACUUUGGCCGUUACCGAGGCUUCCCAAAUUCCAGAGAACGGGGAAUCAACUGAGGUCCGUUAUGAACUAUUUUACUGUAAAUUUACUUUAAACAAAGAUGGGACCACAAGCAGCGUUGCCAACCCAAUAGAAGCUGGCCAGUCAACUCUUUCAAAUAGAAAUGUCUCGGUAACCGGACCUGAUAAUUGGUUGCAUUAUGAGGGUGCCAGCGCACUUUCUGGAGGGGAUUUGGAAGCAGCCGCAUUGGUGCCUCAACCUAAAAGUCAACCGCCACCACCCUUCCUGAGUCCAAGUCUGGCCACAAUUAGUCUCGAUGGCCUUCAUGUUUCACAACUUGCCGGACUCUACCAACAAAUAAUGAACCCCGUGAGGCUAUCUAAUUUCAUAAUGAAUUCUACCGCUACCGCCUCCGAUCCUGCCAACAAUGGCCAGAGCUACUACCAAACUCCUAUGUACUCGAAACAGGCUUCUACGAUAAACAGUAAUACCGGAUCGUCUAGCAACUUCACAGUGGCGGCCCCCGGCGCAUUUUACGAGGCUGUAAGAAAUCAGCCCAUGUUGGUGGAGCCAACCGCAUUUCCGCAACCACCAACAUCUCCCGCAGGUUUUACUUUUGAUCCAGCUGCGGUACAAGCCUUGGCGCUUAUGAUGGUGCAGCAAAAUUCGCAGCAACUCCUGAUGCAGCACCAACAGCAACAGCAGUUUUUGGCCAGCAUGAUCCAGACUCCCCAAUUACCUCCACAUGGAGCUAUGCUCUCCACAACACCAGGCACUGCUACUAACAGCGCAGCUGCAGCGGGCAAUCAAAACCCCGCCCAAGUGUUAGCCCCUCCUCCUCACCAACGACCCGUUGGUCGUGAGCAAAUACCAACUGGACCUGAAGGAUCGAAUUUGUUUAUUUGCUACCUUCCAGACAAUUAUGGCGACAUAGAACUAGCAAGGCUAUUUUCGCCCUUUGGGCAAGUGAUCAGUGCAAAGGUGUAUUUAGAUAGAGCAACAAAUCAAAGUAAAUGCUUCGGCUUUGUAAGCUACGACAACCCUGUAAGCGCGCGAAACGCAAUUAGCGCAAUGCAUGGCUAUAGCUUGGGAAAAAAAAGAUUAAAAGUUCAGCUGAAACGUCCCAAAGAUGACUUUAACACUAAUGAAUCCAUUAUAAAGCCCUUGUAA